AUUGUUUAAUGGAUUUUGCUAAGAAAAUAUUAGGUAAAUACGGCUGGAAAGAGGGCGAUGGUUUGGGAAAGCAUAAUAAUGGAAUUGCGGCUCCACUGAAAGCCAGCUUAAAAUUUGACAAUGCGGGCCUGGGCGUUGAUCGUGCCACAGAAUUCAAUGAUCACUGGUGGGAGCGCUGCUUCAACGAGGCGGCAUCCAACGUGACCGUGCAAGUGGAGCAGAAUGGCCAUGUGAGUACAGCACGCAAAGCUGGCGUAGAUGCGGUGGAAAUCUCUACCAAGGGGUAUUCAGCACGUAAACUGAAAAGGGCCAAGGAGCAUCAAAGCAAGUCAGAUGGUGGCGCCGUUUAUGAGCACUUUCUCAAAUCUGCCAUGCUAACCCAAGACGGUGGCGAAGUGGCCAACGCAGAACGCAUUAAAACGGAAGACAUUGCUGUUACCAAAGUUCAUGUGCUGACAGAUGAGGAGCUAUUCCAGGCGUGCGGCGGACGCACAGCACACAAGGGAGCGCGCCACGGACUCAAAUUGAGCGGCAAACUGGCGCGCUUGGAGCAACAGGAGCGCGAGAUGCUUGCCAAGCUGCAGGGUAAAAAGAGUGCACUUCAAGAGGCUGCCUCUGCAGAGGCCGAUGAAUCAAUCAAAAUUAAAAAGAAGAAGCGUAAGAAGGACAAAGGUGUGGCAUACGAUGACGCGGCGCCUGAGAAUGUUCCUGUUAAAGUUCAGAGUGAGAUGGAACCACAAGAGCACGAGAUGCUGGCCAAGCUACGGGGCGAGCCGAGUUCACCUAAAAAGUCUGCUUCUGAAGACGUUGACAAAACAAUCAAAAUUAAAAAGAAGCGAAAGAAGGACAAAUGCCUGGAUUCGGAUGAAGUGGCGUCUGAGAAUGUCAAGCAACGAUUGGAUACUGAACUGGAGCUGGGGCCACCAGCAAAGUCCAAGAAGCGCCAGUCGGAAAUUGCCAGCGCUGAAAUCGAGCCGCCUGCCAAGCCGAAAAAAAAGAAAAGGAAGCACAAGCAAGUGGAAUAGCGUAAAUAGCCUUAGCUUUUAUGU